AUGCAUCAACUCUUCCCAAACACUAAGUCCCCCUUCAUUGCCAAUGGGCCCAUGGAGGGCUAUGCAUAUAGCCGUCUAGCAAGCGCUGUUUCAUCUACGGGGGGCUACGGAUUCAUAGCCGGUGGCUUCGACUUCAGAACGGGGUCUCCACAGCUUGAAAGACUGCAAGCGGAGCUCAACGCAACCCGAUCACUCCUCGGCAUCGCAACUCCAGAUGCAAAACUCCCCAUCGGUGUAGGCUGUCUUAUGCUCCAUCCAGAAGGCCUAAUCGAAAAUGUGCUUCCGAUUCUAUGCGCCGCGCGGGCAACCGGGAUCUGGCUUUCGUUUCCGGCGAAUGCAUUGGAAUAUGCGCCUGUCAUCACGGCUGUUCAUCAGCUCAGAGAGAAGGAGAAUUGGGAUGUGAAAGUGUUCGUGCAGGUCGGGACAGUCCAGGCCGCUAGGGAAGCGAUCGACCAUGGGGCGGACGUACUCGUCGUUCAGGGGUCGGAUGCGGGUGGGCACCAGUGGGCGCAGGGGGCGAGUCUGCUUGCGCUCGUGCCGGAGGUGAAGGGGCUGCUUCGUGAAUUGGGUAAGACGGAGGAGGUCCGUUUGCUGGCUGCGGGUGGUAUUGUUGAUGCGAGGGGGAUGGUUGCGGCUCUGGGGUUAGGUGCGGAUGGAGUCUUCCUUGCCACCGUUGAAUGCGGAGCUCCGGAUUCCACAAAAGAAAAGCUCGUUUCCACUACUGACGGAGCCACAGCAACAAUUAAAUCACGGAAGCACGAUGUGUUCAAUUCGACCGACAUCUGGCCUAGGCAAUAUGAUGGCAGGGCCAUCAUCGGUCGCAGCUAUGAGGACUUUCGAAGCGGCGUUACAGAUGAAGAAAUCGUUAAACGGCACAGGGACGCUAGAGAAAGGGGAGAAAACGACAGAACCAUUAUAUGGGCGGGCACCGGGGUUGGGUCCAUUAAGGAGGUGACCACUGUUAAGCAGCUUGUGGACGAUGCUCGAUCGGAAGUCCGAUCAAUAGUGGCACAGAUGAACAAUGUUUUCAGUGAGACAAGUUGA